UUUACGCACAGCGAAACAAUGGACGUCCGCGUGCGCCUGUGCUCACUCCUGACAUCACUGUGCAGCUUUUUGCUCUUUUUGAAUAACUUUAAUCAAGCGUCCACUUUCGAGUUGAUCCUGCUUCACACGAAUGACAACCACGCACGGAUCGAGGAGACCGGCGUCGACUCGGGGAAAUGCCCCCAAAGUGGCCCAUGUUUCGCCGGGGUGGCCAGGAGGUUCACCAAGAUAUCCGAGAUCCGUGAAAAGGAGCGGAACGUCUUGUUGCUGGAUGCUGGAGACCAGUUUCAGGGAACUAUCUGGUUCAAUUACUACAAAGGCGCCGAAGCUGCCCAUUUUAUGAACAAACUUGGUUAUGAUGUUAUGGCUUUUGGAAACCACGAGUUUGACAAUGGAGUGGACGGACUCAUCGAGCCCUUCCUUCAGAGGGUGAACUGCACCGUGCUGGGGGCCAACGUCAAGGCCGACCGGACCCUGGCCCCCCGGAUCAGCGGCUACUAUCAGCCAUACACAGGCAUUAAUGUGGGCUCUGAGAAAGUGGCUGUGGUUGGAUACACUACAUCGGAGACGCCACUCUUAUCUGUGCCGGGUCCACACCUCAAGUUUGAGGAUGAGGUGAAGGCCCUCCAGGUGCAGGUCGACAAACUGGAAACCCUGGGCUACAAUAAGAUAAUUGCCCUGGGACAUGCCGGCUUUGAUGUGGACCAAGACAUUGCCAAGCGAGUCAGAGGAGUCGACGUUGUCAUUGGAGGACACACCAACACGUUCCUCUACACAGGGACUCCCCCAUCCACUGAAGUGCCUGCAGGUCCGUACCCCUUCAUGGUGAGAUCCAAUGAUGGCAGGGACGUGCCAGUGGUCCAGGCCUAUGCUUUUGGGAAGUAUCUUGGAUACCUGAAGGUCACCUUUGAUGAGGCAGGGAACGUCUUAAAGGCUGAUGGAAACCCCAUCCUCAUGGACAGCAGCAUUCCUCAAGACCCAGAAGUUCUUGCUGACGUAGAGAAAUGGAAGAAAAACUUGGCUCAAUACUCCUCCAAGUACGUCGGACAGACUUUAGUCUACCUCAAUGGGACGUUUGAGGAAUGCCGAUUUCGGGAGUGCAACCUUGGAAAUCUGAUCUGUGAUGCUAUGAUCAGUCACAAUAUAAAGUACUCUGACGAGCGGCAGUGGAACCACGUGGGUUUGUGCAUGCUGAAUAGUGGAGCCAUCAGAACAUCUAUAGACGAGCGCUACAAAAACGGUAACAUAAGCAUGGAGGAGAUCCUCUCAGUUUUACCCUUUGGAGCAACUUUUGAUUUGAUCCAGCUGAAGGGGUCGACAUUGAGAAAGGCUUUCGAACACUCUGUUCGCAGAUAUGGAAGCAACUCUGGAGAAUUUCUUCAAGUCUCAGGUAUCCAUGUAGAGUACGACCUCUCCAGGCCAGUGGGCCAGCGUGUGGUGUCCAUCACCUUGCUCUGUACUCAGUGUCGUGUGCCCAAAUAUGAGCCAUUAGACCUGGGGAGGAUGUACACUGUGGUCAUGCCCUCCUACAUUAUCGCUGGAGGUGAUGGCUACACUAUGAUCAAGGAAGAGAAGCUGAAGCAUAACACAGGUGAUAUGGAUAUUUCUGUUUUGUCCAAAUAUAUCUCCGAGAGGGAACGUGUGUACCCUGCAGUGGAGGGUCGGAUCAAGUUUAGAAACUCGGCGGUGUCUGCGGGCCACGGCCUUGUCUUGUUACUGCUGGCCCUGUGUCUGUCCAUAAGCCUCUGAUUGAUACUGUUUGCUGUGGGGAACUGUGAUAAACCAAGCCUACAAAGAGCAAGCAUGGCUGCCAGACGACUGCUCCGGGACUCGUCUAACUGCCUUUUCAUCUCGCUGCCUUCAAGGGAGACUCGAACAUAACAUGAUGGGAAGUUAAGCCCGAGCUGAUAUCCGUACAAAACAUAUUUGAUUGCACAGAUAUUAUCGACUAAAAGAAACAUUGAGUCAUUUUUGUAAAUAAUUUCUUUUUCUUGAAUAGGUAUGUAUUGUUUAUUCUUGUAAUGUCGAUUGCCCCCUGUUGGCAUAUUAAAAUAAAUAUAAAAGUCCAUGCUAACUAAAAAAAGGAAUUGUUCACAUACAGGGGUAGGUAAUAUACUGAUUUAUAUCCAUUUUGGAUAUCAUAUCACGAUAUGGCAUAAGUGUUGUCUUUCCCUGGUUUUAAGGGCUGCAUUACAGUAAAGGGAUGCAAUUUCUGAAUAUAUUACAGUGUUAUAUUAGCUAGUAGACUGUUUUAGCUAUUAACAAAAGUCUCUUGUGUGGAAACAUCUUAUGAAAGCACCAAUAGUUAAACAGUAUUAUUACAAUGUCAAUACUGAGAUAUUCAGUCAAAAAUUAUAUUGAUUUUGUUUGUAUUGCUCCGCCCAAAUAGUUUUUCUCUUAGAUUUGUCAGAGCGAUAUUUUAGUACAUAAUAACUAGCUCAAAGAUGCAAAUCAGUGUCCAGCCUCCACGUGAGGUGCUGAUAGAGGGAGUGAGUUGAGGCUCUGAGCUCUCCUUCAUUUAUACAUCUGUGCCUAUUCUUUUAUCACUGUCAUAGUAAUUCCCCAGAUGAUCCCAUGUUUAAACUCCACUUUCACAUUUUGGUUACAACCACUUUGAAAACUGUCAUCCUGCUCAAACUGGGGUCAGGUGCCUCGUGAACAGCUUUCAUAUGGCCUCACUGCAGUGUGAUGAAGUCCAAGUGAGUGAAUUUAGCUCCACUCCUUGUGACACAAUUAUACUUUCUCAGAGGUGAAAAUGUGAAUGACACUGUGCUGCUGACAAUAUGUUUUUUUUUUUAAUACAUAGUAUUUUUUUUUUUUAUUUAACAACAUGAACAUGGUCAACCUACUUUUUAAAAUAAAUAAAUAUUUUCUUAUUCAACCACUUGAGCAUGGUCAAGCCACUUUUUUUUUUGAUACAAAACAAAAUCUGGGGUGUCAACAGCUCCAA